GAUUUAGAAACUGCAAAGAUAAUGGAUGGAUGUGCAUUUACCUAAAACCUAUGUUUGUGAUUGUUUUUAUUUGCGCACCCUGACUAAGCUUUGUCAUUCAGUGCCCCUUCGCAGGAUGUCUUUCAGAGACUUGCAAAAUUUCACAGAAAUGAUGAGAGCUUUGGGCUUUCCUCGCUUGAUAUCUGUGGAAAACUUCAGAACGCCAAACUUUACGCUCGUGGCAGAAAUCCUAAUAUGGCUUGCUAAAUGUUAUGAACCCCAGAUGGAAAUUCCGACUGAGAUGAACACAGAGUCAGACAGAAUAUUCCUCAUCAAGACUGUGGCUCAGUUCAUGGCAACGAAAGCUCACAUCAAGAUGAACACCAAGCGUCUUUACCAGGCUGAUGGUUAUGCAGUGAAAGAGAUGUUAAAGAUCACCACGGUGCUGUACAAUGCAAUGAAGACCAAGCAAAUGACCCUGGGGGACAGAGUGGAGGAGGACACCAAGUUCAAGUUUGAACUGGGCACUCGAAUUUCAGAUCUGAAAGCAGCUCGGCAACUGGCAUCAGAGGCCACUUCAAAAGGAGCAUCUCUGUAUGAUUUGUUAGGAAAGGAGGUGGACCUAAGGAAAUUGAGAACUGCUGCCAUUGCAAGACCUCUGGAGAUCAAUGAGACAGAAAAGGCCUUGAGACAUGCCAUCAAGGAGGUCUUGGAGAGUGUGGAGAAGACUAAAAUCAUGAUGAGGAAUGUUGUUUCUGAUGUUGCCAGUCUGGAUGCCAAGAAAGAAAAGAAACAUUGGCAGCUGGAAAUGAAUCAGAGGAGACUCCAAACUCUGCAAAGUGUCAGGCCAUUGUUCAUGGAUGAAUAUGAGAAGAUCGAGGAGAAGCUGGAGGAGCAGUACAAGUUGCAAGUGGAAAACUUUGCAAACUUUUAUUUCCUUGAGUGGCAGCAGGAAAAACAUAUCAGACAAGAGAAGAUGAUUGAGGAGGAAAACAAUCGAAAGAGGAUGAUGCAGCAAAUGAAGGAGAAUUAUGAGGAUUGUAUGAGUUCAUUUAAUGAAGAGGACACGCUUGAUGACAAAGGCCUAGAUGGAGACAUUGAUGACUGUCAAACUUCUAAUCCACGGGUGACUCUAAAUGACAUUGUGGCAGGAACAGCCAUUGGGAAGAUGCUGGGUGGUGACAGUGAUGAGUCAGAGGAGAGCGAAAGAGAUGAAGAUGAAGAAGAUGAGGGCCUGGGAUUGGAGGGCUUUUUAGGGAGCCCAGAGGCAAGGGUGUCCUGCGCUUCCAGGGGAGCCAUGAAACGCCCUCUGAUGGAUAAGAGUGAUGAUGACUUUUAAAAUUCAGCUCAAACCAUAGAAGUCAGACUAAUUGUUGGUAUACUCUUAAUAGGAGACAGUAUUUGCAUGAAGAAUACCACUUUUAAUUUAGUGGAGUCCCUGUUAUAUCAAUGUUAACAUACCCUGAAAAGAGCAUUGACGGUCCUCCUUUCAAAUUCACUCCGGGUAAACAUUGCCAGAGGUUGGAAGUAACGAAGUACUUCAUUACUUUACUUAAAGGUCCCAUAUUUUGGCUGUUUAGACCUCCAUAGAGUGACUCUCCAACAUUAACUUAGUAUGAAAGUGUCAAUUUCAUUUAAUAAAACACCUUGGUUUUGUCAUACUGGUGUCCAGAAUAGGCCCCUCUGACAGCUACUUCUGUUUGACCCAGUUUUGUAUCCACUUUGUCCAUAUUUGGCUAAACCCACUCCCCCCCUUUCCUCUGAUUGUUUGCCUCCAUGUAGAAGACCCACUGGUGAGAGGCCACGUGUUUAUGUUGACAGCGCUGGCUUGGGGGCGGAGAGGUAGGCGGAGAUCUUUGCUCGUGACAUGGAUUUUCCUUCUUUUCUUUUCGGCUUGUCCCGUUAGAGGUCGCCAUAGCGUGUCAUCCUUUUCCAUGUAAGCCUAUCUCCUGCAUCCUCCUCUCUAACACCAACGGCCCUCCUGUCUUCCCUUACUACACCCAUCAACCUUCUCUUUGGUCUUACUCUAGCUCUCUUGCCUUGCAGCUCCAUCCUCAUCAUCCCUCUAUCAAUAUACUCACUAUCUCUCCUCUGAACGUGUCCAAACCAUCGAAGUCUGCUCUCUCUAACUUUAUCUCCAAACAUCUAACCUUGGCUGUCCCUCUGAGGAGCUCAUUUCUAAUUUCAUCCAACCUGGUCACUCCUAGAGAGAACCUCAACAUCUUAAUUUCUGCCACCAACAGCUGUGCUUCCUGUGGUCUCUUCAGUGCCAUUGUCUCUAAUCCGUACAUCAUGGCUGGCCUCACCACUGUUUUAUAAACUUUGCCCUUCAUCCUAGCAGAGACUCUUCUGUCACAUAACACACCUGACACCUUCCUCCACCUGUUCCAACCAGCUUGGACCCGUUUCUUCACAUCCUGACCACACUCACCAUUGCUCUGGACGGUUGACCCCAAGUAUUUAAAGUCCUCCACCCUUGCUAUCUCUUCUCCCUGUAGCCUCACUCUUCACCCUCCACCUCUCUUAAUCCAUGCACAUAUAUUCUGUUUUACUUUGGCUAAUCUUCAUUCCUCUCCUUUCCAUGCCUCCACCUUUCUAACUGUUCCUCCACCUGCUCCCUGCUUUCACUGCAGAUAACAAUGUCAUCUGUAAACAUGCAUGCAAAUAAUGCAUCUGUAGUACUCUUUCUUGGCAUGAAACCAUACUGUUGCUCGCAGAUACUCACUUCUGUCCUGAGUUUAGCCUCCACUACUCUUUCCCAUAACUUAAUUGUGUGGCUCAUCAACUUUAUUCUUCUAUAGUUCCCACAGCUCUGUACAUCACCCUUGUUCUUAAAAAUGGGCACCACCACACUUUUCCUCCAUUCCUCAGGCAUGUUCUCACCCGCUAGCAUUCUGUUGAACAAGCUGGUCAAAAACUCCACAGCCACCUCUCCUAGAUGCUUCCAUACCUCCACAGGAAUGUCAUCAGGACCAACUGCCUUUCCAUUUUUCAUCCUCUUUAAUGGAUUUCUAACUCCCCCCUUACUAAUCAUUGCCACUUCCUGGUCCACCACACUUGCCUCUUCUACUAUUCCUUCUCUCUCAUUUUCCUCAUUCAUCAACUCCUCAAAAUAUUCUUUGCAUCUGUCCAGCACACUACUGGUACCAGUCAAAAUAUUUCCAUCUCUAUCCUUAAUCACCCUAAACUGCUGCACAUCCUUCCUUUCUUUAUCCCUCUGUCUGGCCUACCUGUAUAGAUCCUUUUCUCCUUCUUUCGUGUUCAACCUGGCAUAGAUGUCAUCAUAUGCCUCUUGUUUGGCCUUUGCCACCUCUACCUUUGCCCUAUGUCGCAUCUCAAUGUAUUCCUUUCGCCUCUACUCGGUCCUCUCAGUGUCUCACUUCUCCUUCGCUAACCUCUUUCUUUGUAUGAUUUCCUGUACUGUGAGGUUCCACCACCAAGUCUCCUUCUCUCCUUUCCUGCCAGAAGAUACACCAAGUUCUCUCCUGCCUGUCUCUCUGAUCACGUUGGCUGUAGUGGUUCAGUCUUCUGGAAGCUCCUCCUGUCCACCGAGAGCCUGUCUUACCUCUUCCCGAAAAGCUGCAAAACACUUUUCCUUUCUCAUCUUCCACCACAUAGUUCUCUGCUCUGCCUUUGUGUUCUUAAUCUUCCUCCCCACCAUCAGAGUCAUCUUACACACCACCAUCCUAUGCUGUCUAGCCACACUCCCCUACCACUACCUUACAUUCGGUAACCUUCAGAUUACAUCGUCUGCACAAGAUGUAAUCCAAGUGCGUGCUUCUACCUUCGCUCUUGUAGGUCACUCUAUGUUCCUGCCUCUUCUGGAAAAAAGUUUCACUCCAGCCAUUUCCAUCCUUUUUGCAAAGUCUACCACCAUCUGUCCCUCCAAGUUCCUUUCCUGGAUGCCGUACCCAUCACUACUUCAUCACCCCUGUUUCCUUCACCAACAUGUCCAUUAUCUGCAACAAUCACGACUCUCUCUCUGUCUGGGAUGCUCAGAACUACUGCGUCCAACUCCUUCCAGAAUUUCUCUUUCACCUCUAGGUCACAUUCUACCUGUGGGGCAUAGCCGCUAAUCACAUUAUACAUAACACCCUCAAUUUCAAGUUUGAGCCUCAUCGCUCCAUCUGAUACUCUUUUCACCUCCAAGACAUUCUUAGCCAACUCUUCUAGCCUUACUUCCUUUCCACCCGGUCUCCUGGACACACACUAUAUCAACCUUUCUCCUAAUUAUCAUGUCUAACAACUCCUGAGAUUUUCCUGUCAUAGUCCCAACAUUCGAAGUCCCCACAUUAAAUUCUAGGCUCUUUGCUUUCCUCUUCUAUUUCUGCCUAAGAACCCGCUUUCCACCUCUCCUUCAUCUUUGCCCGACAGUAGCUGUAUUUCCACCGGUGCCCUGCAGGUUAACGAUGCCGGGGGUGGACGUUGUUAACCCGGGCCAUGACCGAUCCGGUAUGGAAUUCUUCAGAUGAACGCUUAUAUUUGUUUGGCAAAGUUUUAAGAUGGAUGCCCUUCCUGACGCCACCCUCUGCAUUUAUCCGGGCUUGGGACCGGCCUACAGUUUGUACUGGUUUGUGCCCACCAUAGGACUGCAUUGGCUAGUGACGUAGAUAAGCUUGAGAAAUUUUAAUUACCUGAUUUCAGGUUUCUCGGCAGAAAAACGACUAACUCAGGAAUGCGUGGAAGAUUUUAAUUCAUAUUUCACAUGUUUAUUGAGGCACCGUAGAACCAAAAUAACAUCCUAAAUACGUGAAAAAGUUACGUUAAAAUAUGUGACCCUUGGGUAUAUUUUUCAGGUGUCUGUACUAAGUAUUUAUUUUUCUGGAGAAUUAGGACUUUUACUCCUUACAUUUGAAACAAAAAUAGCUGUACUUUCUACUCCUUACAUUUUAAGAGUUUGUUCCUUUUAAAACCUGAAAUUAACGAUGACGCAACGUAAAAAGCAGAAAGCCCGGAAGUAGGCAAGUCAAGCGCGUUGAUCAUAGACAUGGUAAAUAUGACACUCCAAUUUGAGCCACGUGCCUGGCGACGCUAAGCUCGUGGAGGUAAAGUGUCUGCGUAUUCCAUGUUUGUGGAUGACGAAACCAAAAUAACAAGGAUUCCUGCACGUUGGGAUGUUUAUGGUUGCUCAGAUGUCGAACAAUCACAACAAGCAAACUCUGAACUGGGAAUAACCUUUCAUAGGUAAGAAUAUUUUAUUGGCUCUCUUUUUCCCAAAAGUACCUGCAAUGAAUGUACCAUGUUAGUUUUUUAGAAAGCGAGCUUGUUGAAGUCUGGCACACUGGCAAUAAAUUGUCACCUUUGAGCGUGAACAUAUAUUUCCGACAUUUGCCCAGUGCACCCAAAAAAAAAAAAAAAAAAAAAAAUCAAAACAAAUAAAACCCAAAUCAAAAUAAUUUACUCAUUUACAACUAGUUUCAGUUAAUCCCUCACCCCUCCCUUUUGGCAAGUGGGCAAAUGUUUGAAAGUUGAA